AUGCCAGAGAAAAGAGAGGAAAGUGACAGUGAGAUCCUCGAGGUCCUAUCCAGUUACGGAGACCUGAAUAUUGAAGAGACGGAUGACGAUUCUACUUCCACAGAAGGUGACAUGUCGGAAACCAGCGAGGAUCGCAGAUUUGUGGCAUCAGAGAGCGAUGAUGCCACAUAUUCCGACGAAGAGUCGCUAGGAUCCAGUUUUCCCUACAUACACCCCCUCAUGGAUGGUCAGGAGACAUCGAGCACUGUCGGCAAAAAGAUACCGAUUAGCGCCAUUGCCUCUCGCUUGAUCUCGGAAGAUGGAAUUUCAGUGGUACAGUAUUUGGUCUUGUGGCAAUCGUGGGAGCGCGAGAUGCCGCAUGAGUAUAAUGUGAGCGAGGAUCUGUCUUCUUCGCCAAGGUCAUGUAUCUAA